ACUUGGUGCCACCGUAAAAAAUAAACGGAAGAAAAACAAGUAGACUUUUGUUUUUCCGCCUACUGCGGUAGCCUGAUUAAAAACGCUGAAAACAGCUGAUAUAUUUAGGUUCUCGUUAUACGCAUUGCAAACGACAAAAGAAAAACAAACCAGCUGGCCCCUCCACUGCCUGUCACCAUGCCUGCCCUGCUGGAGAGACCCAAGCUGUCCAACGCGAUGGCCAGAGCCCUACAUAAGCAUAUUAUGAGGGAGAGGGAGCGCAAGAGACAAGAGGAAGAGGAGGUGGACAAAAUGAUGGAGCAGAAGCUGAAGGAAGAAGAGGAAAGGAAGAGAACGAAAGAGAUUGAGGAGAGGAUGUCUUUAGAGGAAACCAAAGAACAGGUCAUGAAGAUGGAGGAGAAACUUCAGGGACUCCAAGAAGAGAAACAUCAGCUUUUUUUACAGCUUAAGAAAGUUCUCCACGAGGAGGAAAAGAGACGCAGGAAGGAGCAGAGUGAUAUCACAACGUUGACAUCAGCCAGCUACCAGCCCAGUCUGUCCAUGCACGCAGGACAGCACCUCCUCAGUAUUUCAGGAAGUCCAGUCAGCCACAGUCGGCCCGGCGCUCUGCUCGGAGAACGCAGCAAACAGCUGUUCCCAGCGUCUGUCAUCCCGGCCCGUCAUUAUCAGACCACUGGAUUCAGCUCCGCCUCGGCAGAACACGGACAGUUCAGCGGGAGCCAGGGGGUCCACGAGCCCUAUGGGGUGGCCGCAUCCCAGCACCCCUCCACCUACGCCCCCGGACCCUCUGUACCCGUGAGCUUCGCCAGCAGCUCUCAGAUUAGAGGAGCGUCUGCAUUCCAACCAAUGCAGUACCUCCCUCACCAGCAGACAGGCUACCCUGUUCAUGGCCACUUCCCCUCCCAGACUGGAUUCAUCACCGGAGCGUCGAUACCCCUGCAGAAGCAGCUGGAACACGCCAACCAGCAGUCCGGCUUCACAGACGCAGGUGCUUUGAGGCCCCUGCAUCCGUCCGCCAUGCAUCCUUCUGCUCCGGGUCUGCUGCCCACACCCAUGGUCCAAAUCCCUACUGCAAAGGCUCCGUUUCAGAGCAGCCCACAGGGUGCCCCUCGUCACACCUUCCUCGCCCACAGCCAGAGUGGACAGAGGUUCUACCACCACAGCAAGUAACCUCGGGCGAUCUUCGUCCUUCAUCUUUUACGGCAACUCCACGGCUUUGAGGAGGAUUCUGGAGGCGUCAUCGGGACCCGUGUUGGAUCACUUUGGUUUUAAAAUAAAAACAUAGCUUGAUUUGUGCCAUAA